CUUUUCUUUUCUCCGAAUGAAAUAAAAGAAACCAGUCAACUACUCCGUACAAUAAAACGGUAAAACCCUUCUUGCGUUAUCGGACUUUUCCCAGCUUACUUACGCCUGCCUCCCGAUAAGUCCAGCGAUACUGCCACUAUCUCCAAUCUCCAACCGUCGCCCACUUUCCCCGUUCCCACUAUUCAUUUAGAUCGUCUUAUCCACAAACCCUCCGUUUUUCUUUUCUUCCCCUUCGCCUCUCCCCUCCUGCUGUUCGCUAUCGCGUUUUCGCUUUCAACCCCUUCCCCGCAAAGCCUGAAAUGGUUCACUCAACGGGUGACGAACGCGCUGUACACCUGACAAGGGAGGCUAUUGAAUUGGUAGAUGCCGGCCAUCGCGAGGCCGCCUCGCGAAAUCUCCGAGAAGCUCUGUCUCUCGCCCCGGAAAACCCGACCGUCAAAGAUGCAUUCCUGAAAAUCCAACAAGAGGAAGAGACCGGCCACCACCUGCUCGACCUGUGCCGCAGAUAUGUCACCCGCGGCGAGGAAGAUGCCGGCAAGGACGCCGCCCUGUACCUGCGCACCGACGGCCUGAAACCCCCCGAGGGUGUUGCGCUGGAAUGUGCCAAACUCCUGCUAGCCCAACGCGCGCAUGCCUUGUCGGAGCGGCAGGAUGAGAUCAUCGCCGGUCUCGUGCGCCAGAGCACCGACGUACGUCAGCACUUCUCCGACCAGCUGCAGGUCUCGGUGACGACAUUUUUCGAUGAAAUCUAUGACCGAGGCGACAACGCCGCGGUCUGCCUGGAUACGGUGGUGUUGGAUCACGGCGUCUGGCCGUCGGAGGAGACUCGGUUGCACUGCGAACGGGAGCUUUUCCAGCUGUUCAUCGCCAAGCUGAUGGAGUCGGGGCACGAUCUAGACGGUCGGUCGCUCAAGGGUAUCGCGCGAUUGCUGGCCGUCGAUGCGGAGAAAUUGCAGGACCUGGUGGAUGAUGAGGGGCUGGAGGUGAUUCUGUCGUCGCUGGAUAAUCGGCUGCCCCUGGAGUUGAGGAGUCAAGCUACCCUGGCUACCGUGAAGUACCUGGAAGCCUCCGGAGAGACCGGGGAGAAGAGUUUCUCGCAGCUCAUAUCCGCCAAAGUUAGCAAGGCUCGGAAUGACGACCUGGUGGUCGCUUUCUCCGCCACAGCCGCCGUGUUCCCGGUGGUUCCUGAGGUCGCCGCUUCGCUCUUCCUUUCCGAAGGCUUCAUGCCCGUGCUGAUGCCCAUGGCCGCCCGGGACGCCAAGCGUCGGAAAUUAGAGGCCUCGCUGCUGGAACUGUUGAAUGCCGCGUGCAUCAACAAACCGUGCCGGGAGGCCAUUGCCAAGAACCUCUCGGACUGGCUCUCGCAUACUCUGACGAAUGGCGACGACCAGACCUCGGAAUUGGCGGCGGUGGUACUGGCGAAGAUUCGGACGUCCGAAAAGGAUGGAUCGGAGGCAAACGGUAAGGCUCAGGGGGAAGAAAGCAAGGUCUUGGAGCUGGUUGAACGUUUCAAGGGACUGAUGUCGAGACACAAGGGUGAAAACAUACAGAACGUGGUUGAGGGGCUGGCGUACUCGUCCGUCAAACCUGCCGUCAAGGAGCAACUGGCCAACGACCCGGCGUUCCUGCAAGACCUUAUCAGCACUCUGCAGAAGAAUCUGACCGACUCGUCGGUGCUCUACGGGGGCCUGAUGAUCAUCGUGAACCUCACGCAAUUCCUUCCGAACCUCUCGGAAGAACAGAAGAAGAUGACGCAGCUGAAGUCCUACGCCGAGGCUUCUCCCAAUGCCCGUUCGGGGCCGGAUCCGCUGGAUAGUGACGAGCACGUCGUGGCUCGCUGCAACGCCGUCGUCACCGCGGGCGUCAUGCCUCUUCUCGUGGACUGCGGGAAGACGGCGCUGCCCUCGAUCCAGGGGCUGGUCAGCAAAAUCCUGCUUUCCUUAUCCCGGGACCGGAAGUCGCGAGGUCCCCUGGCGCAGAGAGGAGCCGUUAAGCUGCUGCUUCAACUGGGAGUGCCCCGGCAAGGGAGCACCGGGUCCAUCUCGCACGAGGCCCUGCAGAACGGAUCGCAUGCACUGGCACGAAUCCUGAUCUCGGUCAACCCUUCUCACGUCUUCCCCUCCUCGGGCUUCCCUCAGGUGACCUCGGCUAUUCGACCUUUGGCAUCCCUGCUGGCGUCGCCCGAAACCACCAGCCUCACUGCCGAGCAACCCCGCGAUCUGCUGCCCGUCUUUGAGAGCCUGCUGGCCCUGACCAAUCUGGCCUCGUACCCCGACGAAGCCGUGCCCGAUGCCAUAGUGCGGCAAGCGUGGCCGGCGGUGGAGGAUCUCCUCCUAUCGAACAGCCCGCCCAUCCAGCGCGCCGCCUGCGAGCUGGUCUGCAAUCUCAUGACCUGCGAGGCCGGCGUCGUGAAGUUCGCCGACGGGUCCAAGCGAGCGGCCCAACGCCUGCACAUUCUCCUGGCUCUCACCGAUGCCGACGACGCGGCGACCCGACGCGCCGCCGGGGGUGGGCUCGCCAUGCUGACCGAGUUUGACGCGGCUAUCGCGGGCGUGCUCGACCGACCGCGCGGCGUUCAACUGUUGCUGGGACUGUGCCAGGAAGACGACGAAAGCCUGGUGCAUCGCGGCGUGGCCUGCCUGCGCAACAUGACUUGCGUCGCCUCCGGAGACAUCGGACGGCGGGCCAGGGACGCCGUGAAGAGCGCUGGCGGCGUCGACACGCUCACCAACGUGCUCAAGAAGACUUCGAACCCGACUAUCCUGCAGACGGGGGUGGAAGCCUUGAAGCCUUUGGUGGCCUGAGGAUUGACGAUAAUUUUCUUUUUCUUUUUCUUCUUCUUUUUUCUUUUCUUUUCUUUUCUGUUCUUUCCCCUAUUUUUCUGUCUUUAAUCUUCAGAUCCUUUAGCGUUGCUUGAAAUCCUUUGGACCCGGGAUGGGAUUCGUUCAGCUGGUGUUUCGUGCUGUUGUAUUGUCGUCUUUAUUUUCGUUUUAAUUUUUCGGCGCCCUUUCGCUUUUUCUUAUUUCUAGGACGGCGUGGUCUUAUUUUAUCCGGUUCACUUGACGUUGGCUUUCUUCUUUCUGGGGGUAUACAAGUAUGACGAGAUCCGGAUUACGAGCGACGGAUACAAGGGGCACAGCUCAUCUGCAUAGAACAUGACUACUAGUGUCGGAUGAGGAGUCCACACAUAUUGAAUGAUAAACGAG